GUGAUUAGGAACUCGCGAUUACCACAAAAUGACUCUCCAUUUGCUCUCACUCCCGGCGGAAACGCUAGACUCAGUAACGACUUAUCUUCCCCAUCCCGUCGAUGCGCUGAACCUGUCCAUGACCUGCCGUUAUUUCAAUCAGCAUCUGAGCACGCAACAUAACAACAGGUUCUGGUACACAAUGCUCGCCAACAGUGAGGUGGCGCAUACAUAUUUACCUCGCCCGUAUCCAACCGGUAGUUCACAACCGGAGUAUGAUCCUACCCAGGAUUACAAAUCCUGUAUUUUGCGGGUCUUGAAGUCGAACGGGUGUCAGUUUUGUUUAAAAUCUAUGGUGUCCUCCAGCAGUUCAUCAAACGGGGACUGGCGUGCGUGCCGAGUGCAUGGACUCAAAAUCUGCAUGGGGUGCUUAAAGAAGCACAAUACCACCAUAACCAGAUUCCAAGGCCUAGGCCUAGACAUCACCACUAACCCGCCCAGAUCCAGCGUCACAGAAAUCUACUACCCAAGGCUCGGGCGCAAGAUCCUCAUGACCUACUACUGGAGAUUCGACAUCGAAUCGCUCUGCAUCGCCCAGUUCGGAGUGGGCCUGGAGCACCUGAAACGACGGAAGGAGGAGGAAAAGCUAGCCAAGGCAGCCUACAAAAAGGCAAACCCGAGCCCACUUCGGAAGCUCCGCAAUCAAGCCAAGUCUAGUCUCGCCGAGGCCGCGUGGACCAUCUGGAACGGGGAGGAGUACAGGUACCCCCGCGAGCGCUGGGCCAAGGACGUGACGAAGGAGCAGCUCCUUGCCUGGCUGUUCCUGCGACAGGAAGACGAUGAGCCGCAGAAUGCCAACAUCACCGGGACCCUUGACCGCUACCUCAAGACCAUCCGCAGCAAGGCUACUUUCGCCGAUAAGGACCAGGUGUGGUACGACUCUGUUGCCCGGGAAUUACUAGAAGGGCUGAAGGAUCGGUAUUCUGCCGAGGACGGGUAUCGCAGGCUUGCAUUUUCUUGGCAUGUGGAGAGGAUUAUCGAUAUCUACGAAAACCUUCCGUUUGAUGAUAGGCCGACCUUGUAUCAUUGCUGGUAUGAGCACCCCGACGGAGAAUUGGUCUCCCGCCAAGAGUUGCGGGAUUUGGUGUUGCAUAUGGAAGUGGAGCAUCCGGUAUUCUAUUGGUCUUCUGAUGAGUGGGGUGGGUUGCUCCCAGCUUAGCCUUGGGAUCGAGUUACGGCUUUUUUUUUUGUAAGGGGAGGAGGUUUAUAUAUAUAUAUCAUGAGGCUCACGAACAUAUCACUUUCCAAUUAUUAUUUUUCUUUUCCUUCUCCUGAGAACAAUUCUUAUGCCCCUUUUUCGCUUCCUUGAUUGUCCCCCUUUAUCACUCGAUCCCUUGAGAUUGUGUACACAAGUAUGAUAUCUGUCUUACAAGUUAGUUGGUUGAGAU